AUGCCCCGUGCUGCACAUGAGAUUAUUCAAGAUCUACGCCAACAAAAUAGUGCAAUAAAGCGAAAGCAUGCUAUCCCAGAGUUCGCAAAAGCCUUACGUCGUGAUAGCUUCCAGACAACAUGGGAUGCUGUUGGAGCGGCGCCUGGGCUGGUUAGCUUGAUGAAUGAGCUCAGCAUUCGAGAUCUUCGCCAGUUGUGCAAACGCUUAGGAAUGACAGCUUCAGCCCGACAAGCACGGCCCCAGAGGCGUACAGCUCUUGGCAAGCUUGUUAUCAUACUAUUCGAGGGGAACAAAGAUGGCAGACCUUUAAACCGCUUCUACCAGGAUAUCGUCCCCGCUUGUGACCUCGAUAUUAUACAGAGGUUCGAACAGCCGUGGACUCUGUCACAGCAGAAGUAUUUGUUAGCAGGUCAACGAGAGCACAACGAGACCAAGUUUAUGGAAGAGCUAUCCUCGAAGGACCUUGUACUUGCCCAACACAUAUCCCUUUUCCGCGGCAACAUCCCUCUCACGGAAAGGAUAUUGACAACAAUCCUCACGAGCAAAAGGUGCCCUCCGGAUUUGAUCGAUAAAUUAGUUAUGCCCUCCCUCAAGCGCCUCCUCAAGAGCCGCUAUGAUGAUAAGACGCGAAACCGAUAUCUUGACCUCGUCCUCCAAGUUGUCCGAAAACACCAAAUUGCUGAGCAACUUUCUCUCGAAAAAGGUGGACUUGUUCAGUACAUAGUCGACCGAUGGUGUAAUGGGCCAUCCGGUGAGAGCGAGCAACUGAAAUUUUGUUUGGGGCAAGCGAUUGAGUUGCUCCCGUCUACACCAAAGUCAAGAGCAAACUACUUUGAGCGUCUGCAACAGGCGAUUUGUAUUUCUGAGAGAUUAAGCUAUGAAGGGCGAUAUGAACUUUUUCGCUUGCUUCUUUUGCAUAUGAAGGAUUACCAGGUUGAUAUUGAGAGCAACUCAGAGCAUGACCUCGUUCGCCUAAGGCAAUUUUCCCGGUGGCCGUCUUCGCUUUUCUUCUCAGUAAGCUAUCGAAUGUCUCUUCACCUCUUUGAGAAGUUGGACCAAUUGUUCCCGCAGAGAGACUUCUUGGGUGUAGCAACACAGGGAACAACAGUCUUGCGUCAGUCUCAAGGCCGAAUCAAGCAUAGUCCUCAUGGAGACGUGGAGGUCGUGAAAGCUUUAUUGAUCCGGAGGUCAAAGACACAAGAUGAACACCCAGGUUGGCUUCAGCAUGUCACUGAUCUAGUCAAGGAGAGGAAGACAAAGGCGCAGCAAUCGCGGGAAGCUGUGGAGCGAGCAUAUUGGGCGAUAAGUACAGUGCACUUAUGCGUAGCUGCGGGUGAUUUACUAGCCCUCAAAGAAACUAUUGUGUGGUCGCGACGUUUCAUCAAAGAUUCCGCAGUCAGUUAUCGUCUCUUUAGCAGCGAUGUCUUCAAGACACAGGAGAUAGAGGAUCUUUUGGGUGCUAUGCCAAACGGGAACGUCGAAUCGCCCGAGGCUGCUGUGGCUUUCGCUUCCUCUCCAAAGAAAAAAGACAUGGAGCUCGCAAACCAAAGUCUCAUUGAGCUGGUCACGAUCACAACUAUGGCUGCUAGCGAGCCAGGGUUCCAGGCUGAGAACUGGCGUUGGUUAUUUAACCUUAUCCGAUCCACAAUUGAUAGGCGUACCAGCAAGCUCGAUGUCUUGUUCAAUAGCCUCUCAAAGUGCACUGAUUCUGAUCGUGAGCAAUGUCAGAGAGAGAUGUUGGAGAUUGUCUGGAAACCAACAAUCGAUACUUUCAUUCAGAUCCAGGCUGCCCUGGAAGCAACCCAUGGCUCACUCUACGAUACUCUAGUGCCUGUCUCAUGCAGAGAUUCUAUCAAAGGCAUAUACCUCUACCAGCGUCUUGCCAACACUUCUAUUCCAACUCAUCUCCUCGCAGAGCUGACGCGCUUCCUAAUCGAUCAGAUGAGAGCGUGGCUAGGGUCUAGAGGUCUACAAGCGCAGAUGCAUAGCGUUGUCUCUGCGAUCGAUCAUCUAGCAUCGAGCGAACCGCAGCUUGCAUGCCCUUUCAUACGCGACUUGAUCUUGGACGAUGAUUUAAAAGAAGCCUCUUCGUGGCAUCGUCAACUCAUGAGUCAUAGGUUUCUCUCGGUUCUUCCUGCAAGAAAAGCAGAGGAAUUUCUGCGAACGAUGGCUAGCGCCAUGAUAGAAAGGAUGAGAGAGCAGAAUCAAAAUUUCGAGUCCAAAGAAGCGGGCACGGAUACUCCUACUGAGAAAAAAUCUGGGCCGAUCAAAGUCACUACUGUGAAAAUGCUUGCCCAGCUUUUGCAACAUAAAAUAUUCGUUGAUCCUUCUUCGUCUUGCGAGAUACUUAUUGGCUUUCUUUCUGAGACACAGCAUAUCGACAUCCGUGUCGCCAUCACAGCAAGCCUUUUGGAUACAAUGGAGGAGCCAGAUUGCCCUCCCAACAUACGGAAACAGAUACUCUCCGCUCUCGAGGAGUAUGUUGUACCGGUAGCUUCUCAACUCAACGAAAGACGUGGCAUUACCGAAUCCGAUUGGACCGCGGCCUCCGAAGGCGGCGUUGACCUACCCAUCGUUGGGGAGGAUACUCCUUUACUCGACCUAUUGAUCGAGAAAGCUCAACUUUCAAAGCUAGAGGAAGCUGCCAGGUUACGGAUUACCCAGCUUAUCGUGGCUGCUUUAGAGCAGUCAGCUGUGGCUAACACACGUUAUUUGAACUUGUUCAUGACGAAAAACAAUUUCUCCCUGGAUUCUCUGCCCGGAAUACCAGUUCAUCUAGCUCCACUUUCCAAGGCAUUUAUUCAUCUGAUGCCGUACAUUCCAGCUCGCCUUUACAGAAUGGUAGAAGUAGCCAUGUUCACUUAUAUCGAGCCAUCAUCUGGGAUAAAAGCUAUCAGUAAGGCCAUUCAGGAAGAUCGCGAAUUGGUCAACUCAAACUCAGGCAAACACUGGCUUUCGCAAUUCGCAAGUGGCAGCCUGGAACCCAACAAGCAUAACAUCCGGUUUGUGCUCAUCCAUGCACCUCGUUUAAUCCAGCAAGGCCCAGAACAGCUCGAUUCCACAUUGGCCAGCAACGGAGUUAAUCGAACAUUGUUAUUGCAGCUUAUUAAUGGCUGCGUCCAAAGGUUGUUAAAGGUUGAUAGAGCUGGCGAAAUAGUCAGCAUUGUCAGGAGAAUGUCUAGUGAUAGAUCAAAGAGCCGUGAGGAUUGGAGGAACUGGCACAAGAAUUGUUUGCCUGUGAUUGAAGCAAUCAUUCUACAGACAAAGGAAGCUCAAGCACGCUGCCAGUUUAUUCUAAGUGUACAAGCUCUGCCACUCCCUCUACCCGACGCAACGGAGGAAGAAGACAAUGCAUUCAUCGAGAAGCUCUACGGGGUUAUCACGGAUCUGGCAAUACGCCAGAAUUACCCAUAUCAUACCGAUUUAGGAACACUCAAGCAGGAGAUCGAUUACUGGCCUCUGGCACAGUGCUUUGCACGAUUGGCGCUCAAAUUAGCAGCAGUUCGCGACUACGGUCUGGAAUCGACGGAUGAGCCUAGUCUUGCGGACUAUCUACGAUGGGAAAUCGUGGCACAUUUGCUCACCAAAGCUACCGGUCCCCAAACAGUCGCAGUGGAAGUGAGACGAUUGUUGGAGGAGUGGUCGAGAUCUAUCGACAAGAUGAUCAAUGCUAUGGGUAUGGACUUGACAAGGACAAUUCAACACAGAGAUUGGUUAGUUACGAAGUAG